AUGGAUUUUAGUUUUUUACAUAACUCUAAUUAUAUUCCGACAUGUCUUAAAGAUUAUUGCUUAUUACAACAACUUGGACGUGGUGCUUUUGGGGAUGUUUUCAGAGCAGUUCCAUUAAAGGGAGAACUAAAAAAUACAAAUUUAGCUUUAAAAAUAAUAAACAAAACAAAACUAACAUCACAAACUCGGCGUCAGCGAAUUAUAAAUGAAAUUUCUAUACAUUCUUCAUUAAAAAGACAUAAAAAUAUUUUAAAUUUUUAUGCUUCUUUUGAAGAUCACCAAAAUGUAUAUAUUGUUACACAACUUUGCUCUCAAGGGUCUCUUUAUUCAUUUAUACAGACACAAUCGUCUCUUCCAUUACAAGAAGAUAUUGUCAAAGGAAUAAUGAAGGAAAUAGUAUCAGGCUUAGUAUUUUUACAUUCUCAUAAAAUUGUUCAUCGUGACCUAAAAUUAUCAAAUAUUCUUCUUGAUGAAAAUAAUGUAGCAAAAAUAGCAGAUUUUGGUCUUUCUAUAGUUCUUCAAAACUUUUCAGACGAAGAAACGAUGACAUUAUGUGGAACUCCAAAUUAUAUUUCACCAGAAAUUAUCGCACAUAAGCCCAGUGGAUUAGCUUCUGAUAUUUGGUCUCUUGGAUGUAUUUUUUUUUGUCUUCUUGAUAAAUCACCUCCAUUUCAGUUAGAAAAUACUUCAAAGACAUUAGUUCAAGUCAUAAACGAGAACUUAAGACAAUUACCUCCUUGUGUAAGUUACGAAGCUAGGAACUUAAUAGAUAAAAUGCUUCAAAAGAAUCCAUCAGAUCGCAUCAAAACACAUCAAAUUUUAAAACAUCCAUUUUUUACAUCGUCAGAUCCAAAAAAAAAAUGCGAUUUAAAUCAAAAUUACGAAUCAACAGGAAAUUAUACAUUUUCAUCAAACUUUGAAAAAUUAAGAACUACUAAGGAUAUAUCAAAAUACAUUAAACAUGUAUCUGAUUUAACUAUAUCCGAAGCUAAUAAAGAUUUCAAAGAGAUUAAAAAAAAAAAUGCAAAAAUGUCACUAACAGAAAGAUUAUCAGAUAUUAUGGAUACUCCAAUAAUUACAACUCCUGAAAAGAAAAUUCUUCAAAGAAUUGAAAAUAUUCUAAAUGAAAAUAAAAAUAUUAUUUAUGAUAAAAAAAAAAAAAUAUAUUCUCCUAUAAAAAAUUAUUUAUCAAAAUAUAGCUUAUCAUCGAAUUUCAACAAUUUUAACAAUAAUAAUAUAGGUUAUAAAGAGAAACCUUCUACAACCUACUAUACACAAAAUAAUAUGAAUAUCUACAAAAAUGAUGAAAAAUUUAAUAGUGUGUUGAAUACAAUAAACAAUAAUUCAAACAAUAUAUUAAAAGAUUGGAAUAUCAAUAAAGAAAAAAAUGAAAAAAAAUGUAUAUUUCAUACCAAUUUUUAUAAAGAAUAUAUUAACCCAAAAAAUGAAUAUUUUAAAACUCAAUCGAUUUCAUAUACCACUGAUUCUCAAAAGCUUACAAACUAUUAUGCUAAAGAUAAUGGCAAAUCUCAAUCAAAAGCACAUUUUUUAUCAAAUACUAAUCAUAAAAAAAUCCCUAUAAAACUCAAUUCAAAUGAUUUUAAAAACAUUUUUUCAGAAAAAGAAACCACAAUGGAACAUAAUUUGUAUAAAAUAAAUCAAAAUUUCAACAUAAUUCAUAAAAAUCAUUUCGUUGAACCUAUAUCAGAUUUCGCAAAAAAAUAUCACUUUAAUACAAUAGGAUUAAAUGUAAUUAAGCAAAAAACAAAACACGCAGACCUAGAAAUUACUAAAAAAGGUUAUUUACGUCUCUUUUUUCACAAUAUGGACUGGCAAUGCUUAAUAAACUCAGACGGUAUUAAGAUAAAAAUAAUUCAUAACAACAAACUACCACAAAUAUAUGAACUUGAUGAUUUACCUGCAAAAUAUCUCAAAGCGUAUCAAUAUGCUUCCAAAUUUAUUUCUAUUUUAAAAUCAAAAAUGCCAAAAAUUAUUCUUGAUACUCCAUAUACAAAAUGUCGUCUAUACCUUAAUUCAGUAUUUGAAAUUCGUUACAUUAAUAAUCAGUCAAUGGUUGUCCAACUUGAUUCUAAAAAACAAAUAAUUAAAAUAGUUACCCAAAAUAAUCAAACAAAUGAAGAUAUAUUGUUAUAUGAAGGAAAUAUCGAAUCAGCAUGUAAAAAAUUCCCAAAAAUAAUCUCAGACGUAAUAAAUCGUUAUAAAAAGUGUCUAAGUUUAGAAAAAAAUACAGAAGAUGAUAUUAUUGGUACUUAUGCUAAAUUUAUAUCUGGAAAAGGGUGGUGGCAAAUUAAUAAGGAAAUAGGAAUAAUGAUGUUUUUAGAUGGAUCGCAAUUACAAAUAUAUUUUAAGCCUGAUAACAGCUUAGGCACACAAUCAAUCUCUUAUAUUAAAUUUAUCAAUAAUAAUACUCAUGAAAUUUAUGAACUUAAUAGUAAUAAAACAAUUCCUGAAAUUGUGAAAAAAAAAUUACUUAUCUUAAAAAACUAUGGAUUAUUAUAA